UCCGUCCCCGUGCAUGCGCCGUCCGUUGUAAACAUCAGUAACGUUAAAUGAAAAUAUUUUUUAAUUGUAGUUUAUAAUUUAAAAUACGAUGAAUUUAACUUGUGCAAUUUGUUCGGAUUUGUUCAUGCCGUCAGAUGAUAUCCACAUGACGCCAUGUGGACAUUCCUUUCAUUACACUUGUCUGUUGCAAUGGCUACAAAGGUCCAAAUCCUGUCCGCAGUGUCGCAACAAAUGCCACGAAAAAAGCCUCAUUAAAGUUUAUUUCAACAUAGCAUCGAAUGCCGAUGCACCGGAGGACACAGCUACACUUCUUCAUAAACUGGACAAUAUGACAUUAUUGAUGCGCGAAAAGGAAAAAAAGCUUAACGACUAUGAACAGAAAGACAGUGCUAAUAAAGUUGAGCGUAAAAAGAUGAAAAAGACAUUGACUGCUCUUGAGGAUAUGGUCAAAUCCAAAGAUUUUACAAUCACAGCCUACAAGCAGGAAGUGGACAUGCUUCGUGGCGACCGGGCUCACAUGCAGAAACUGCAGACGGAGCUGAAGGAACUGAAAUCGAAAAUGGAUCUGAUGUCUACUGUUGAGCACGUGAUAUCAGCCACGGCAAAGGAAGUCGAAGAAAUGUUGACCCAAGAAAAUAACUCUAGGACUCUGGCUGUUCUGGUCGCAUCCCUCAAGCGGGAACUCAAAGGAUGCGAUUCCAAGAAGAACGAAAUGCGCGACCGCAUGAAGUCCAUCCAAAACGAUUUGCACGAUGAACGUACCCGGCGAAAACAGCUGGAGGAAAAACUGUCCACCGCCGAAAGCGAAAAUUAUCGCCUCGAGCAGGAAAUCAAAAAGUUGGAAAGGCGUGUGUUGAACGCAUCAAACGAUAGCGAGUCGGAUUCAAUUGUUCUAGCGACCCCCGAUCAGCCAGUCAAGCGGAAACGAAUCGAACUGGAUAUGGACAUGAGUACUCCUAUGUCCGAUAAAGUUCGAAACAUAUUGCAAUCAGAUUCGCCUUAUCUUGACAUCAAGGCUAGUAGUAUUGGAUUGGCACCGCUGCGACGAGCUGGCCUUAGUGCAGCGAUCGUCAAACCAAAGGACAAUCGCACAGGGACUCAAUCUACUGCCAAAACGCAAAACGAUCUGAGUGAGAAGUUCUCCAUUCUUCGAAAACCACGAUUGGAUAUGAAAUUAUGUGCGAUGCCGAACAACAUGAUUUUCAACGGAUUGGGUGGAUCAGAGAAAAAGGAAAACUUCGAAGGAUUCCCCGAACCAAAACCGAAACCGACAACCAGUACUAACAUGGCGAUAGAAAAAGGAGCAGCGUUGAAAACUGCUAGCAACAGCAGUACCACGGCCCGACUGAAGGCUGGCAAAUUGACGAGACACCCGUCGAAGAACAAUAUUGGUUCCGCUUCCAACAGACGAAUGGAUGAUUUCCUAGAGACGAUUUUGGACGAUUGAAAAAAUAGGUGUUUGUAAAAUAGUGUUGUUCAGAUUUUUGAAAAAAAAAUAUUUCGAAUAAACUUAUCGGUUCCAUUGUUGAUAAGUUAUUUUAACGUAAAACUUCUUGAAAGGAUUGUUCUCAAUUUACCUAAAUGUUCCAAUAACCCGGGGUUCAUUUUUUAAAACUCAUGUUUAUUGUUUGUUCCACUUUUCCGAAUAUUUUCGGAAAUCGAACGCAUUUAUCAUUCUCACAAACGAUUUUCCCUCCUUUUUCCAUAAUAUUGAUCACGGAUCAAAUGUAGAUAAAUGGACGUAGCGCCUACCGUUUACAAUUUAACCGGUGCUGGCUGACCGGCGAAUUUCGCCUUGCGCUCCUCAGCACGCUUCAGGGAUUCUUCCCGAGACAAGUUACCCUUCUUCGAGAAUCGUAGGUUGCGCAGGAAUUUCUGGCACAUCUAUUGGGGAGAAAGAGAUGAGAUUGUAAAAAGGUAGAAUUUUAAGUUUUUUUUUAUGAUUUUGGUGUCUGGGUUCACAUAGUAGAUGA